AUGUCCACUGCUCAAGACUAUGAUGUCGACGAAAGAAUUUCCACAAUUAAAAGUUCUUUAAAACGAAUCCAAAGCUCAUUUCUCGGAGAAAGCUCUUCUUCUUAUAUCCCUGACAUAUCUCAAGCAAAUUCUCAAUACUCAAUCAAAACUCCAGAGCCUAAUGAAAAAUACCCACCUGAAAAUAUUGACAAUACUACUACCACGAAGCCAAACUCAAACUAUCACACGCCUUAUGUUUCAAAUUAUGUCGCAUUUGGUGGAAAUUCUAACUCCCCCCCCUCCGUGAGCGAACAAAACCAUUAGAAAAAUCGCCAUUUUUUGACCAAAAAACCCACCCUCCGUGAGUGAACAAAAAUUUUUUUAAUAGAAAAAAUUUUAAUGGAAAAAAAUUUUGAUAUAUAAGUGAUAAUUAGUAUAAUGAAAUCUAGAGCUAAUUCUGUUUAAUUUUAAACAAAUUGCGUUUUAAAACAUAAAUUUUGCAAAUUAAAUUAAUAUUUGCUUCCCAAUUUUUGCAAAUUAGGAUUUUUUUAAAUUUCGAAAAAAAAAUAUUUUUUAUAAAAAUUUAUAUAUAAAUUUUUUUUAAAAAAAAAAAUUAACCCCCCUCCGUGAGCGAACAAAAUUUUUUUGUUCGCUCACGGAGGGGGGGGGGGGAGUAAAGAAGAAAACAGCUCAUUCAGUGAUACUCAAUCGCCUAAGCGCCAAGACUAUAUUCAAACUAUGGAUCCUACAUCUUCAAGCUGAUACCCAAAAAAACUUUCUAUAGAUGAGGUAGAAAUCGAUAAUUUCCCAGAAUUAAGCAAAGUAGAACAAGAAAUAGCCCACAAGCAAGACCAAAUUGAUGAAUUAUUAGGCUGAAAAUCAGAAAUUAUCAAAAAAAUAGAGAAAUAUGAAGACGAAAUAGCAAAUAAAAAUGAUUUAAUUGCAGAGCUCAAAGGAGAACUAUUUGAAGCAAAUUUACAAGUAAAAACUUUAAAAGCUAAAAAUGAAGCAAUUUUAAGAGAAAUCGAAGAAAGCUCUAUGAGGGACUCUGGGAGACUAGACAAAAGUGAUUUAAAAAAUAGAAUUGCUGAGCUUGAAAAGGCUAGAGUUGAUUAUAUGCAAGAAAAAGAAGAAAUUCAAGAGGAGCUCCAAAGAAAAUCAGCAAAAAUCAACGUACUAGAACAAAAUUACCUAACUGUAAAAAAAGAAAGAAAUUAUUUUGCAGAUAAAAGCAAAGACUUAGAAACUAAAUUAACAGCAAUUUCUAUAGAAAACUCAGAAAUCAAACGAAAAUUAUCACUCCACUCCACAUUAAGUUUAAAAAAAUUAAAAACUAUUGAUAAAAAUAUCCCGAUAAAGAAAGGACUAAAAACUUUGAAAGGAACAGAAAAAUUGUAUUGGCAUAAAGAAUUAGAAGGCACAAAUGAACAUAAAGAAAGGCUUAAUUCUCCGAGAGCUCUGUCAAAACAAAAAAAAUCACCACAAAAAGAAUUAACAGGGACAUUUAUGAGGAAAAUUAUUGGGCAGCUUAUGGUAAUAUUAAAGGUGGAGCAUGCAAAUGAGCUAGUAGAAGCUUGUACAAAUGCGGUAAAAGAUGCAAAAUUGUCACAUGAUGCACAGAAAUUUCACAAAAAAAUAAGCUCGUUGAUUGUUAAAUAUUCGCCUCCAAAUUCUGUUGAGAAACCUAGCCUCAAUAGAGUAUAUAAGUGGAUAAGGAGAUUAAUAGAGGAAUAUUUAUUGAUUAAAAAGCAACAAGAAAAUACUCAAAAGCAUACUCAAAUAAUACAGAUGUUGAUGAAAAUGCUGAAUGUCAAUUUCCCAGAAGAUAUAUUGACUGAAUUAAAAAGAAUUAUGAAUUAUAUCUGACUCGGUAAAUUUUGAUUAUAUAAAAAAUGAUUAAAUCUCUAAAAAAAUAUUUGGCAUUGUAUAUAUUAAUAUGCAUACAUUAAAAUGCCAUGGAGAUCCAACCCACCUUCUUAACUCCUGUAGCCGACAUCCCAAAGGAAGUCGGGACCUGAGGAAGGGAGGCUGGAGUUUGGAAUCUAGUUUUUCUUUGUUUGGUAAAGCGCAAUGUUGGGUGGCGGCCUUAAGCUUUACUCCAAUGCCAAGGUUUUACCUCAGUGCGAGAUGGGCCUGGAAGUUGGAAAGGGUUUAUCAGCAGUGCCAAUGGUGCUAGUCUUGACCGAUUGGGACUAUUCCCCCAGCGUGAAGGAAUUACACCAUAGUCUAUGGAUUUCCAUCUUAGCCGAGAAUCGAUUAGAAAAAUUGACCAUUUUAGAAUUUUUCAAUGGUAAACAACCCUAUUGAUGCACGGUGUGGUGACAAGCUUUCCGACUAUCGGGAGGCAUGGCAGCCAUGUCCCGUAGGGAGCAAGACUUUGAAUGUUGUGCUACGAUUGCCGGCAAAGUAAUGAGUGUAGUGUUAUGGUAGGGAAUAAGGAUCUUCAGAUCUCGACAGGGAGCUUUUCUAUAAUCUAAGUUAAUGUUGAUGUAAUGCACAUAUUAAUAUGCUAAUAGUUUGAUAUUCAAUCAAAAAGAUUUUAA